GUUACGCGGACGCCCGGGAGAGCGCCCGGCAGCUGUGGAGGCACCGCUAAGGCCCAGGGGCAGAAUCCGAAACACACGGUUCGGGCCCUCCAUUCCGACCAUGGGCGGCCUUCUCGGGGCCCCGCGCCCUUGAGGAGGCCAGCGUGACGCGGCGGGCCGAUCCCGGGCCGCUGGAGCACCCGGUCCAACCUCCGUAAGACUUAACGGCAGUCAGGACCGCGCUGAGCAGCAACGGCGGCCACUUCCGGCCGGACGCACCCGGACCUCAGCCAGAAUGCCUCCCACUCAGGCAGAAAGUGUUAUAAAGAAUAUCAUUCGAGAAAUAGGACAAGAAUGUGCGGCCAAUGGAGAGAUUGUUUCUGAAACUUUGGUUGCUUUUAUGGUGAAAGCUGUUGUCUUGGAUCCAAGUAAUGGCUUUAACAUCGAUAGAGUCCUUAUAAAGAGUGAUGUGCAGAAACUUGUUAAGCUUUGUGUGACUCGGCUAUUGGAUAGUAAAAAUCCAUCCUUGGACACCAUUAAAAUGCAAGUCUACUUUGAUAUGAAUUAUACAAGUCGAGAGGAAUUUAUUGGAGAACAUCAUCGGGUUCUGGAGUCUAGAUUAGGCUCUGUCAGCAGAGAAAUUACAGAUAACAGAGCUUGUGCUAGAGAAGAGUUGGAAAGCCUCUACCGAAAGAUUGUCAGCUAUGUGCUACUACGCUCUGGACUUGGAUCCCCUACAGAUAUCAAGAUUGUCAGAGAGGCAACAGCUGCACUGCAGAGCGUUUUUCCUCAGGCUGAGCUUGGGACAUUUCUAACUCUUUCUAAAAAGGACAAAGAACGUCAGCUGAAAGAACUCACCAUGAUUGUUACUGGAAUUCGUUUAUUUAACAGAGAUUGCGGAAAGGGAGGAGAAGGCAUUGAUGAUUUGCCAUCUAUUCUACGUGAAGCAAUCCCAGUCACCACUCAACAUAUUGAUUCCCAACUUCAGAUUACCCAGGACCAGGCCUGCCGCUACACAGCCAUCCUUGAGAAAGCAGCACAGAACCCACUCUUGAAUAAAGAACUUCAGCCAUAUAUGUUAAAAGAAGCACUAUAUAAUGUGCGACAAUAUGAGAUUUUCCUUCAGAUCAUUUUGUCAGAUAUAAUUACUUGUGCUCGAGAAGUUGAAAUGAUGACCAAGCAGUUAGGAGCCCAACUGGAACAAUUAAAAAUGACAGUAAAGUCAAAGGUAGCUGUCCCAACGUCACAAGUCUUUCCCAUCUUCAUGGCACUUUCCAAUCUGUGGAGUGGCUUUCAGGAUGAAACUGUUUUGCUUAGUGUCCUCAGUAAUUUAACCACUCACCUUGAGCCAUUCCUGGGUGCUCAUGAUCUACUCUUUCCUGAGAAAGUAAUGCAAGGACUUCUUGAUGGAUUGACUGUGAAAACUGAUAUGUGCAGAAUAAAAGAACACAUGGAAGAGAAAGUACAUUGGGAGGAUUUCAGAAAACUAGAAUGGCUUUUCCCAGAAACAACAGCAAAUUUUGAUAAAUUGUUAAUUCAGUAUCGGGGUUUUUGUGCUUACACGUUUGCCAAAACAGAUGGUCUUCUCCUUCCAGGAAAUCCAGCAAUUGGAAUUUUGAAAUAUAAAGAAAAAUAUUACACUUUCAAAAACAGAGAUGCUGCAUAUUCAUUUUCAGAAAAUCCUGAAAAAUACCUUUAUUUAAUAAAAGAAAAAGCCAGAAAAAAUGCAGAGUUAAUUCAGCUACUGGAACUUCAUCAACAGUUUGAAACCCUUAUUCCAUAUUCUCAGAUGAAAGAUGUUGACAAACAUAUUAAACCAAUUACAAAGUGUGAAAGUAGCACACAGACGGAUACACACAUAUUGCCACCAACAAUUGAGAGAUCAUAUGAGUGGAAUGAAUGGGAAUUAAGAAGAAAAGCUAUAAAGUUGGCCAAUUUGCGACAGAAAGUUACUCACUCGGUACAAACUGAUCUUAGUCACAUGAGACGAGAAAACUUUUCACAGGUGUAUCCUUUGAAGAACGCCAGCACCCAGUCCAUGAGGGAAGGCAGCACCCGAGUGCCCAGGCCCCAGAUUUACAUAGCUGGUCUUCGUGGGGGACACACUAAAGUCACCGAAGGGGUCAAGGUGAACUUAACUAGAGCUGUUGAUGAGACCUAGUUGGAGACUGCAUUUUAAAGUAGAUAUUAUGAAGAAUGGCAAAUAUUUAGAAGUAUUUUAUGGGGCUAGGGUUUUCAUUUGUUGAGUGAGUGUUUAUUGCAACCUCAUUUAUAUUCACUGUCAAACUGUUACAAAAAAACUAAAAAUUGUUUUUUUGGAACACAUUUUUAUUCUAUUAAAAUUGAGAGGUAAA